AUGGGUGGAAAGCUCAGCCAGUGUUCAUGCUGUUCUCAGAAUCAUAAAGAUCCUUUUGGCAGAUCUGGCAACGGAAUCGACGGCACUGACGUGGUCUUCCUUUGUAUACCUUAGUGAAUGUCUAAAUGAUAGUAUCUAUCUUUAUUUAUGUGAUUUGUGUGAAAUAUUUGGUUGUGAUGAUAAGUUUCAUAUGAUUAUGUAUUCCUGUACACAAAUAAGGAUUGAGAGCGUCAACUGGGAGGGAGGGAGGGAGGGAGAGAGAGAGAGAGGGAGGGGAGGGGAGGGAGAGAGGGAGAGAGGGAGAGAGAGAGAGAGAGAGAGAGAGAGGUCUGCCAGCCACAGAGCAAGAGGAGUCUGCUGUGGGAUCAUGUUUAAGCCUUCCUCCUCCAGCAGCAAAAACGUCUGACUGUUUGUUGUCUCACUCUGCUGAUGGGACCAACGCUUUCCACAGAGCUCAGAGAUGCACCUUUUCAAGUCCUGCUUUGGAAAACCGGUACAGAUCAUGGCUGGGAAGGGGUGGUGGUUGUCUUGGUGGCUUUCUGUGUGGAUUUGUACUGCUGGUACUUGGAUACCUGGAGAGAUGUUUAACUCUCAACAAGGUGCUUCUGAAGCUCUGAGGAUUCCUUCUAUGCAAAUAGUUAUCUCACUGGACUGUCUGUGUGGUUGGUCAGGGUGGCAUAAAUAUAUUUUAAAUUGUACUGGAUGGAUGAUUGGUUGAUUUGGUAUUGUUUGUUGGUAGCAGGGACCAUUCAAAGAAGAAGAAUGAGGGUAAACACAGCAGGACAAAAGAACAGAUCAGUGUCAAACGGAAUUGUGAGUUCUAUGCUCUCAUGGAACAAAACACUAGUGAGAAAUCGGCAGUCAUUUCAUCUUAUGUUGUAAGAAACAGACUUUAUAGUAUUAUAUUUCAAAACUACUGUAACGGUGGUUUUACUGAUAAAUAUAGGUUUUAAUCUUUGAGGUUGGGGUUAUGAGGUGGUCAGCUGUGGCUAGCUAGUUCUCUGACCCUCUGCUGUGUGUUCUCGUCAGAAGCCAGAAUCCAGGAACUCGCGGGGCAGCAUUGACCGGGAGGACUGCAGUCUCCAGGGGCCGGUGAGUUUCCCAUGGCCCACCGUUUGUUUAGGUUCAUACCCCCAGAGGGACGGAGCAGGAAAUAUUGUUUUUCAAUAAACCAAUGUAUUUAUAACGUUUUCCAUUUCAAUCAUAUUACAAUAGACAUUUUGUCCGAAUUUUAUAGCGCUGGCCUCAGUAGUAUAUGGGCAUGUACUACCUUAGGGCUGUUCAAUCCUGGCCCUGGAGGGCCCAAACCACUUCUGGUUUUUCUUUCUACCUGGUAGUUAAUUGCACUCACCUGGUGUCCCAGGUCUGAAUUAGUCCCUGAUUAGAAGGAGAGGAUGAAAACCAGAAGUGUUUGGGUUGAACAGCCCUGUUGUAGCUGGACACUGAACCAGCCCCUCUAGGCUGACAUGGAGGGACUAGGGAGGGUGGGAACUGAACUGUGGCAACAGUCAGGCGUUUCUCAUGCCAUCAUCUCUCCCUGCUGCUGGAUAAUCUUUAAAAACAGGCGUCAGCUAUAGAACACCCACAAACCAACCAGACCCAUUUACACAGUAAUUACAGAACUCAAAUGGGCUGAGUGGGUCUCUGCUCUGAGAAGAGAAAACAUCGGAAUGCAAGGGAAAACACCAGUGUGUUCAAAUAAAGAGAGAAGAGGAGCUGGAGAAAUGAAACUCUGAUUUGUACUUGGCUGGGUGCCUCUGAGGGUCUGAGAUAUGUCGUGCUGCUAGCCACAGGGUACCCACAAUAACACUGAAACACACUGGGCCCAUGGGAAGCCCUAAUCCAGAGUGCUGUUGGAAAAGCACAGUCAGCCAGCCAGCCAGUUGGUCAGCCAGUCAGAAAAGUGCCAGUGUGCCUUUCUAAUCACUUGUUUGUGUUUCUGUUGUCCCCUCAGACAGGAAACCAACACAUAUACCAACCAGUGGGACUGGGGAAACCAGGUAACACAGGCCGCAGCACAUCUGUCGCUCCACAUACUGGAAUGGCAACAUGAGUAUCUACUCUGUGUGUUCUGAUAUUCAUGGAUCUUUCUCUCUCAGACACACACACACACACAAAUAUUAACUCUCCUCCCUCCCUCUCUGUCUCUCCUCUCAGAGCAUGUGGCCCCUCCUAAGAAGCCUCCUCGUCCUGGAGCCCCCAGCCACCUGGGCAGUCUGGCCAGCCUCAACCCUGUAGACAGCUACAACGAGGGGGUCAAGGUACAGAAACACUCACAGCACCAAAGACAACACUGUGUUAAUAUCUUACUCCUGGGUCACCAUCACAGAACCAAGACAACACUGUGUUAAUGUCUUACUCCUGGGUCACCAUCACAGAACCAAGACAACACUGUCUUAAUGUCUUACUCCUGGGUCACCAUCACAGAACCAAGACAACACUGUCUUAAUGUCUUACUCCUGGGUCACCAUCACAGAACCAAGACAACACUGUGUUAAUGUCUUACUCCAGGGUCACCAUCACAGAACCAAGACAACACUGUCUUAAUGUCUUACUCCUGGGUCACCAUCACAGAACCAAGACAACACUGUGUUAAUGUCUUACUCCUGGGUCACCAUCACAGAACCAAGACAACACUGUGUUAAUGUCUUACUCCUGGGUCACUAUCACAGCACCAAAGACAACACUGUCUUAAUGUCUUACUCCUGGGUCACCAUCACAGAACCAAGACAACACUGUCUUAAUGUCUUACUCCAGGGUCACUAUCACAGAACCAAGACAACACUGUGUUAAUGAUUUACUCCUGGGUCACCAUCACAGAACCAAGACAACACUGUCUUAAUGUCUUACUCCUGGGUCACUAUCACAGCUUGGUUGAGCCUGGUCCUACAUUUGUUUGUGCUAUCAAGACGGCACGAAUAGAUCUGGAACCAGGCUACAUGACUCAUACCUAGGGCUACACAAGAAGUGGCAGGGCCCAGAGUUUCUCCUGGUCAGGUCACAUGGUCUAGGAAUAGCUGGGCCCAGAGUUUCUCCUGGUCAGGUCACAUGGUCUAGGAAUAGCUGGGCCCAGAGUUUCUCCUGGUCAGGUCACAUGGUCUAGGAAUAGCUGGGCCCAGAGUUUCUCCUGGUCAGGUCACAUGGUCUAGGAAUAGCUGGGCCCAGAGUUUCUCCUGGUCAGGUCACAUGGUCUAGGAAUAGCUGGGCCCAGAGUUUCUCCUGGUCAGGUCACAUGGUCUAGGAAUAGCAGGGCCCAGAGUUUCUCCUGAUCAGGUCAGUGGUCAGGAAAAGCUGAACCCUAUCCUCAGGGGAGUUACUGCAGUAUCACUAUGACGUUGUAUGAGAAAGAGACCAUUACUUGAAUAUUGAGACAAUGCAUGUGCUUUUGGCUGCUGUGGGUUACUGCUGCAGUUUCAAGCAUGCUUUCUAUUUUUCACCUGACUAUCACCUGGUCCAUUUUUAAGUUCUUAACAUGAAAUACGUCCUCCCAGUUUAUUCAGGAGCUGUGAGAACUCAAACCUAUAGCCAGAUUCAGAGCAGAUGGGGAUCUGGACAGGAAAAGCUCUGAAAACCUGUCAGUAUUUACCCUGCUUCACAAGGAGCCCAGGCGGUUAAAGUUGCUGCUAGUCAGCAGAACGGAACGGAGCUCCUAGAUCAGCCAAGCCUCAGACAGUACAGAGCAAGGCUAUCCCAACCCAAAAAGCCAUCUCUGACAGAGAUAGUACUGACACAUGGACAGAUGUAGAUAUACACACUGAAGACAUGUGGAUAGAUACAGUGCCUUCGGAAAGUAUUCAGACCCGUUUACUUUUUCCACAUUUUGUUAGGUUACAGCCUUAUUCUAAAAUUGAUUAAAUCGUUUUUUUCCCUCAUCAAUCUACACACAAUACCCCAUAAUGACAAAGCAAAAACUGAAAUAUUAAAUUUACAUAAAUAUGCAGACCCUUUACUCAGUACUUUGUUGAAGCACCUUUGGCAGCGAUUCCAGCCUCAAGUCUUCUUGGGUAUGACGCUACAAGCUUGGCACACCUGUAUUUGGGGAGUUUCUCCCAUUGUUCUCUGCAGAUCCUCUCAAGCUCUAUCAGGUUGGAUGGGAAGCGUUGCUGAACAGCUAUUUUCAGGUCUCUCCAGAGAUGUUCGAUCAGGUUUAAGUCCGGGCUCUGGCUGGGCCACUCAAGGACAUUUAGAAACUUGUCCUGAAGCCACUCCUGCGUUGUCUUGGCUGUGUGCUUAGGGUUGUUGUCCUGUUGGAAGGUGAACCUUCGCCCCAGUUUGCGGUCCUGAGAGCUCUGGAGCAGGUUAUCAUCAAGGAUCUCUCUGUACUUUGCUCCGUUCAUCUUUGCCUCGAUCCUGACUAGUCUCCCAGUCUCUGUCGCUGAAAAACAUCCCCACAGCAUGAUGCUGCCACCACCAUGCUUCACUGUAGGGAUGGUGCCAGGUUUCCUCCAGACGUGACGCUUGGCAUUCAGGCCAAAGAGUUCAAUCUUGGUUUCAUCAGACCAGAUAAUCUCGUUUCUCAUGGUCUGAGUCUUUAGGUGCCUUUUGGCAAACUCCAAGCGGUCUGUCAUGGGCCUUUUACUGAGCAGUGGCUUCUGUCUGGCCACUCUACCAUAAAGGCUUGAUUGGUGGAAUGCUGUAGAGAUGGUUGUCCUUCUGGGAGGUUCUCCCAUUUCAACAGAGGAACUCUAGAGCUUUGUCAGAGUGACCAUCGGGUUCUUGGUCACCUCCCUGACCAAGGCCCUUCUCCCCCGAUUGCUCAGUUUGGCCGGGCGGCCAGCUCCAGAAAUAGUCUUAGUGGUUCCAAACUUCUUCUAGCAAAUUUCUAAAUACCUGUUUUUGCUUUGUCAUUAUGGGGUAUUGUGUGUAGAUUGAUGAGGAAAAACACAAUUUAAUCAAUUUUAGAAUAAGGCUGUAAUGUAACAAAAUGUGGGAAAAGUCAAGGGGUCUGAAUACUUUCCGAAUGCACUGUAUACUCUUACAGAAGUCAUGUGGAUAGAUAUACACACUUAUAGAAGUCACACAUAUAUAUACUGGCCCCCCAUGGGAAUCGAACCCACACUUAUCUGUAUUUAGAACACAAUGAUGUACACAUACAGUAAAUACCCAGCAUCAUGCUUGUCCAUAGAAAUAUAUAAUAUACAAUGACUGUCAGGAAAAAAACUGCCUCCAUCAUUCUCAGUUUAUGUGGAACUAAACAAAUAAAAGCUAUCGGAUACGCUCCACUUCCUCCCUGGGAUAAGCAGUUGUUUGGCCGCAGAGUGGACAGGGGGGGUUGGGAGCUAGAUGGAAAUCAUCCCAGCCUGAACCCACCAUCCACCCCUACACAGCCAGGGUCAUCCCAGCCUGACCCCACCAUCCACCCCUACACAGCCAGGGUCAUCCCAGCCUGACCCCACCAUCCACCCCUACACAGCCAGGGUCAUUCCAGCCUGACCCCACCAUCCACCCCUACACAGCCAGGGUCAUCCCAGCCUGACCCCACCAUCCACCCCUACACAGCCAGGGUCAUCCCACCCUGACCCCACCAUCCACCCCUACACAGCCAGGGUCAUCCCAGCCUGACCCCACCAUCCACCCCUACACAGCCAGGGUCAUCCCAGCCUGACCCCACCAUCCACCCCUACACAGCCAGGGUCAUUCCAGCCUGACCCCACCAUCCACCCCUACACAGCCAGGGUCAUCCCACCCUGACCCCACCAUCCACCCCUACACAGCCAGGGUCAUCCCAGCCUGACCCCACCAUCCACCCCUACAUAGCCAGGGUCAUCCCAGCCUGACCCCACCAUCCACCCCUACACAGCCAGGGUCAUCCCAGCCUGACCCCACCAUCCACCCCUACACAGCCAGGGUCAUCCCAGCCUGACCCCACCAUCCACCCCUACAUAGCCAGGGUUGCAACCUUUCCGCCACACAGGCCCCAUACAGACGCCGAUAAGCUGGCCCAGAAAAAGCCCCAGGGAAAACCUUUCACUUUCUGGGCUUCAUUUUGAGCCAUAGUUAUGCAACACCAACAACCGUCCAUUUAGAGAGGAGCCAGUGAAAUGAAGACUGUUUUCGAAGAGUGUGUUUUUUUCUGUCUCGUAACUUUCCAGGCAGGCAGUUUGAAGGGAGACCAUUAGAGGCCUCUUCUUCUAGCUCUGAAAAUAAAACCCAGUUAAAAUCUAAGGCUUUUAAGACAGUGGAGGAUAGAAGUGGUUCCUAACAAGAUAGAACCAGUCAAAUCCAGUCCAAAGCUCCCUUCUCACCUUCCUUUGAUCUCACCAGUUAAAGCCAUGUUCCAACGGUUUUAGACUCACUUCUCAGUUCCCCCAGCGAAAGCUAACAUUAUGAACAAUACAUUACCAUACAUUACCAUACAAUACAAUACAAUACAAUACCAUACUAUACCAUACAUUACCAUACCAUACAUUACCAUACAAUACCAUACAAUACCAUACCAUACAAUACAAUACCAUGCAAUACAAUACCAUGCAAUACAAUACCAUACAAUACCAUACCAUACAAUACCAUGCAAUACAAUACAAUACAAUACCAUGCAAUACAAUACCAUACAAUACAAUACCAUGCAAUACAAUACAAUGCAAUACAAUACCAUACCAUACAAUACCAUACCAUACAAUACCAUACCAUACAAAACAUUACAAUACAAUACCAUACAAUACCAUUCCAUGAAAUACUAUACAAUACCAUGCAAUACAAUACCAUACAAUACAAUGCAAUACAAUACCAUACAAUACCAUAUAAUACAAUACCAUACAAUACUAUACAAUACCAUACAAUACCAUACCAUACAAAACAUUACAAUACAAUACCAUACAAUACCAUUCCAUGAAAUACUAUACAAUACCAUGCAAUACAAUACCAUACAAUACAAUGCAAUACCAUUCCAUACAAUACUAUACAAUACCAUAUAAUACAAUACCAUACAAUACCAUACAAUACAAUGCAAUACCAUUCCAUACAAUACUAUACAAUACCAUAUAAUACAAUACCAUACAAUACCAUACAAUACCAUGCAAUGCAAUACCUCCAAAUACGAUAGUGCAGGCCUUUAGAUCUUCCCGUCAGUAAACGGAGUGAAACAGGGAGGUACUGUCUGAAGUUGUCCAAUAAGAAAAGCCAGUUUUCAUUUUCCGUUGCAGUGUUUUAAAACGGUGUGCCCUGUCUGCUUCUAUUGUGUUGAUGCAUUGCAUGUUGUCUUUUGCCUUCGGUUCUGCAGUAUUAAUCCUUUCUCCCUCUUCUGUGCUGUUUCUCCUGCAUCCUCCUGUCCCUCCGUCCUGAUCGCGCUCCCUUGUUUUGUCUCUCUGCCUCACCCUACUGUUGUGGCCCUUUAGCCCUGGAGGGUAAGAAGUCUGUUUGUGUUAGUCACUGUCACUAUUUGACCACUAGGGAGCGCUCUAAUAACACGUUCUCUACCACUGUACAGGGGAGUCAUCAAACCAUCAAACCUUCUUAGCCCAGUGGAUAGUGGCAUUGGCCUUAGGCACAGGUCUAAGAUCAGUUUACUCUCCCUGAAUCCUAACUGUAACCACUAGAACAUACCAUAGAUCAGUGUCUGGAGGCGACUACUCCGGAUGAGGCCACUUCAUUCAGGCUCAUGUUCUACAACCUUGAAAGCUUGGCAAGAAAGCCAUAACCAAAGCAAGUCAUCCUAGUAUUCAGUGGCAGUCAUUUCAGUAAUGACUGUAAUGGUUAUUUUGGCAGUCAUAGUACUGAUGUCAAAUCAAUUCGUGGGAGUAAUAACAGAUAAAUGUGGGCCUUCAUUGAUGACUCUCUUCCCUGUGGUAUGGUGUGAUGUAUGAAUGGUUGUGUUGUCAUAGUUACCAUCACUAACUGUAGUCUAGUAGAUCAUAGUAUAUCACUUACAAUCUGACUCACCACUGGGCUCUGCCUCCUGUUUGGACCGUGGUGUGUGUGUUUGUCUACAUGUUUGAUUUGGUGUUUUGGGGUCCAAUUUAUCACACGUCGUUCACAACCAUGUUCAGAGAUUGUAUGCUCUACAUACAUGAAUUGUGAAUCGAGCUACAGUAAUUCUGGCAAAUACUGUCAUCUAAUGUUCACUCUGUAAACGACAUGAUGAAUCUAUAAAUUACUGUCUUCUAGUGGUUACAGAAAGAAACCCCUUUUAGCUAUAUACCACCUGGUGGUUCCAGUGGAUAGGACAGGCAGCUGGGAGGACAGCUGGGAGGACAGCUGGGACAGUUCUGGUUGUGCAGUCAUAAAAAAUCAAGUCACACAAAAUCACCUGGAUUCUUUUCUCUAGACCACCAACACUCAGUGGGUUGGGGUUCCAUAAGAUCAGCAAAAUCAUACAUUUUAUCAUAAUAGAUUCACUGUAGAAAUAUAAUAACUAAAAUGAUUUCUAGGAGAUAGAUUCACUUCCCUCAGUUGUUGUAUGUGGACCAACUCACCCCCAUCUCUGUGGUGUGUAGAUCCAGCCUCAGGAGAUCAGCCCCCCCCCCACGGCCAACUUGGACCGCUCCAACGACAAGGUGUAUGAGAAUGUGACGGGUCUGGUAAAGGCUGUUAUAGAGAUGUCCAGUAAGAUCCAGCCAGCCCCUCCAGAGGAAUACGUCCCUAUGGUCAAGGUAAGGCUGGCUUCAAUCAAUCCUGAUAAAAUACAUCAUUUAUUGUUGAAUCAUCAUGGUCAUUAUAUGCUGAUCGAGGAUAUUGUCAAUUGAUACUGGUUUGUAAGCAGUUGUAGCUUUGUUUGCUUCUAUUACAGUGAUAUACUGGUUAUUUUUACAGGAAGUGGGACUAGCGUUGAGAACCCUAUUGGCCACAGUGGACGACACCAUGCCAGUUUUACCUGCAAGCACACACAGAGAGGUGAGAAACCACUCCUCUUCAUUACAAGUCAACAUAUUGCCUCUGACUGUGUUGAUACUCUGACUGUUGUCUUAUUGUGUCUGACAACAAACUAACUGGCUUAUUUCUCUUACGUUUUCUGACUGUGUCUUCCUCUGCAGAUUGAGAUGGCCCAGAAGCUGUUGAACUCUGACCUGGCCGAGCUGAUCAACAAGAUGAAGCUGGCCCAGCAGUACGUCCUCACCAGCCUGCAGCAGGACUAUAAGAAACAGAUGCUGACGGCCGCACACGCCCUGGCCGUCGACGCCAAGAACCUGCUGGACGUUAUCGACCAGGCCCGGCUCAAGAUGAUCCAUGCCCAGUCCCAGGGGUCACACUAG